AUGUUGCAGCCUGGGGAAGGAAGUGGCAAGACAAGUAGAGCCCCUCGCCUCACCUUCAACGGGGAGACACUGACGCCGCGGGAUGAGGUGGGGGUGCUGGGGGUCACUUACGACCGUAAGUUGACCUUCAGAACCCACGUGGAGCGACUCGCCAGAGAGGCCUCAGGGAAGCUGGCAUCCCUGAGGAGAAUCUCCUACCUCCUUGACGCCAAGGGACUGGAGUUACUCUACAAGGCGCAGGUCCGCUCCUCCUUGGAGUACGCGUGCCUGGCCUGGGGUGGCGCGGCAAACAAGCACCUAGCUCUCCUGGACAAGGUGCAGGACCGAGCGGCGAGGCUCAUCAGGAACAGUGAGCUCGGCCUUCAGCCUGCACUGCACACCAUCCAGCACCGACGAGACGUGGCGGGCCUCACCGUCAUGUUCAAGGUGCAACAGCAACGGGUGCCGCACCUACAGGCUCUCCGGCAGCCUGCCCGACAUGCCGAAGUCACCACCAGAGCUGUCACACGUUCCCCUGGGGAGCUGCACCAGCCCAGGUGCAGAACGUGGCACCAUCAAAGACAGUUUCUGAACACAUACAUUGGCUGGUGGAACGAGUUUGUUACCGUGCAGCCAAGUGUUGAAGGCUGGACCAGGCAGCAGUUCAAGACUGCAGUGAAUGAUUACAUCAAGAUCCUGGGCGUGUCUAUGGACCGCGGCCUACGCUUCGAUCACCACAUCGCUGUCGUCACCAGCUAG